AUGGACCCUGUGCCCCUGAUUCAUAUGCCCACUGCAAUCCCGGACAGUUCGUUGCCGCCUUUGGAGCGCCCGGGCGGAUACAACAAACCACGGCGGCUGUCGAAUAGCAGCGCAAGCUCCGAUUCGAGCAGCGCCGUAUCCGGCCGCGACAGCUUCGACGGCCGUAUGCGCAGCGCUUCCGUCAGCAGCAGUCAAACCAGCAUCGACUCUUGGCCGGCCAGCCCCGGCGUAGGCCCGCGCCCGGGCCCGUCAUGGCAGAUGCAGGGCGGUCCCGUAGGCCACUACUACCCCUGGCAGAGGCCGGCACCCAUCAAGACGUAUCGGCGAAAAGCCAAGCAAGGGGAGCUAUUUGCGGCGUUGCCAGGUGAGGUCUUGGAACUGAUUCUCGACGAGCUUCGUAAGCUUCACCUGCGGCCAGGGAGCACCAGUUGUGCGACGUGCUGGAUGCGAAACUGCUGCGCCGUCGCCCUCAGCGCUCGCAAGUUUCUCAAGUAUGCUCGAGAGGCUUUGUAUCAGCACAUUUACCUCGUCGGGCAGGAGGGACCGCACAUGAAGAAGCGGACAAAAUCGACAUAUGGAUCGAGGUUGGUCUUGCUGCGGCGGACGCUGAGGGCAAACACGCAGAUUGCGGUUAUUGUGCGGUCACUGAAGCCGCCAGCAUUACCGCCUGGCGUUGGCGUGGUUGAGUACAACGACCUGGUGGCAUCGGUGGUGAUGGCAUGUCCGAAUCUCGAACGCCUGGUAGGCUUCUACCCGACGUACGACUACUCGUUUCAGCGGAUAUUUCAGGCUCUGUCGACACGACCAAAGUUGAAGGAGAUGAACUGGAUUUUGGAACCCUCGCUGUCCCAACGGCAGAAUAGGCCGCGUAGCGCUGCUAAGAACUCUCGCUGGGGCGAAGGGGAUCUCCAGCCAAGAGAGUCUCAGUUGUUUUUGGAUUUUCACAGCAACUGGCGCCACCUUACAACGCUUGUUGUCCACUGCCAGCCCGGCGCGACCCUGAGCCCGGCGAGCCUGCUGCAAGACACGAUUAGGGAACUUCCCUCACUGCAAAAGCUGUAUCUCUCCCGCAUACCUCCCACCGCCUUCAACGAUGUUCACCUCGUCUCCCUCCCGCCACUGAAGACGCUGUCUCUGAGUCACUGUAUGGGUAUCACGACGCCGGGGCUGUCGUGCAUGGCGACACGGCCCAACAGUGCCUCCAUCGAGACGCUCACUCUGAUACACAUCGAAGUCGAGACCGUCCCGGCCAUUGCCAGAAUAUUAGCUUAUCUUACUUCUCUCGAGACUUUCAACCUGGUACAGACAUACGCUCCGAUCAUGCCGCCCGACGAACUGAUGAUCUUCUACCCGUAUCUCGGGUCCCAAUCCCUCCGCAACCUCCACUGGGACAUCCCCUACCUCCCCAACGCCGCCACGGCGGCCGAUGCCAUUCUCGCCAGGAGCAUCAGCGCAGGCGGGUUUCCUUCGCUGCGGACCCUCUGCACGCCCAAUGACCCGGAGGGCCUCUUCCAAGCGCUCUGCGCGCCGCGGGAUAGGAUUGACAGCCCUGCCGAUCGCUACCGCUCUGGCGGCAGCAACACCAUCACCAGCGGCAUGGGCCACACGCGCAACGCCUCGAGCUUCUCAUCCACGCACACGGGCAACACGCCGAGCUUCGUCAGCGGCGGUGGCGGCUCCUCGGCAGCGGGGUUCAGCACGCCGCCCCCGGCAAGCCCGGCGUUCCCCCCCACCGAUUUUUUGUCGGCAUCAUCAGGGGCCGGGGCGCUCCUCGCCCUGUCGGCGCCCCAGAACAGCAACCUGCAUCACGCGCGCUUGGCGGCACAGGCGCGCCUCGAGGCCGCCCAACGGUUCCCGCGCUACUUCGUCAACGUGAUCGACGAGCACGGCGCUCUGGUGGACAAGUUCGGCGUGGGUGCCUUCUUGGGCACCGUCGAGUCCCGCGUGCGCUACGUCCUCGCGCCGGGCGAAGCCGGCCACCUGGGCGGCACGGACGAGGGCGGCGGGCUGGUGACGGUGGAGGAUAUGGUUUUUGGAGAUGCCGGGGAGGCGUUGAUUCAGGGUCCUGCUCCUACGGGUGAGGGGGGAAAGAAAUUGAAGGGUAGGGGAAAGGGGCUGUUUGACCAAGGCACUGCUGCUGGGACGGAUGGGGAGGGCGGUGUUGCGGGUGAUAAGGGCCAGGUUAGGACCCGCGAGGGGUGUACCGGCCGCUGGAACACAUACAGUGGAGCGGUGGUGGACAAGAAGGAUCGGGAAAGGUGGUGGCAUCAGGAACGCGGGAGAUGGAGGCCGUUGGUGCUUUCGUGA